AUGUCUGGUCUGGAAAAUGGCUCUCGGCCAUCUUCACAUCCUAAACAGUCAUUCUCCAGAAUGGAAAGCUCAGAUGUGAAAACAGGCUCAACUCCUGUGUCCGACAAAGAGGGGCAGAUAGGGCCUGACGUGUUCGAAAGACGCGGUUCCGCAGACUCGAGUACCGCUGGCGAUGGACAAACAGAUGAAGGCUUUGUUUUGUCACGCAGCGUACAGGAUCCAUCAGAAGAGCUGCCGAUUGAACUUAUCAGCCUGGCGGAUCGAUUUGUGAAUUCUUUGAGUGCCAAAGUACACAACUCGCCCCCAACGAUCGAGAAAAUCUCCGAGCUUUUCCAGGUCUUCUACAGCCGCGCCGAAUCCCACAUAGCCACCCACAUAUCCGCUCUCAUAACUCGGAUCAACCGUGACCUAUCGCCGCAGGUCCCCGCAACCCCUCCACGUGGAAGUGCGUUGUCCAAGUUGACGAGCAAGCGCUCUCAGGAUGAUGUGCGGCCAGCGGCGUCUGGUCGUCAAAUGCUGACCGCGUCAGAGGUUGCUGAAAAGCGCAAGGCUCGCAAGGCCCUUGAAAACAAGCGAAGUGCAUUAGAAGAGGCCGCAGAGCGCAGGGUUUGCGAGUUGGUCUACGACAAGAUUUGGAGGCACAAAAGUACAUUGGACGAUGUGCGGGAUGAAAAGCUGCGCUCGAAAACCGCUGCAUUGCUGUUGGUGGGUAUAAAUCUCAAAGACCUUGGCAUUGAUAUAGAUCUUGAAUCUAUCGAUGAGCAGAAACAGGAUGAGGCAAAUGAGUUCCUUGCCCAGGCACGAGAAUUCCUCGCAAAGAUGGAUGAUUACAAGUAUCCCCUUGGAAAGCUUCAGCAGCUAGCAGCAGCCCACAAGGCCAUUGUCGACGCCCUCACUAAAAUCCUGCCAUCUUCCUCCUCGGCCGACGAAAUCCUCCCGACCUUGAUCUAUUCACUUGUGACCUGUCCUCCGGAAGGAAUCAAUAUCGUCAGCAAUUUGCUCUUCAUCCAACGGUUCAGGUCUUCAAGCAGAAUCGACGGUGAAACGGCUUACUGUUUGACCAAUCUUGAAGCUGCGAUCAGCUUCUUGGAAAACGUCGAUCUAUCUACGUUACGCGCCGAUGAGCUACAAGAUGGCCCGCUGAAAACCCCCGAAGCAACUACGCCAUCUGCAGAGCAUGUCGAUCCUUUCCGGCCGUCCAAGGACACUACCACCUCAUCAGUCUCAGCCAUUUCUGCAUCACCGGAAUUGGCCAAACCAGAAACCAAGGAGCCUGCCUCUACAUUACCCAGACCUCAUCUCGCCACAACACCACAGCAACGACGUCUGAGCAACCUUUUCCAGCCCCCUGCCAAAGUCCUCGGUGCCGCAAACGAUGCCGUCCGCACCACCGCAGAUCAAGGCCUCAAAAACAUCGGUGCCACCCUAGACAGCAGCUUCAACUUCCUCUUCGGCCGUUUAAAAGAAAUGCAAACCAACCAACCCAACACAGAGGGAACAGGACCAUUACUCCCAAAGACACUAGCCGAAGCCCGACGGCUAGUCACUCUCCCACCAGCCUCCUCCACCAACCAAAACCUAACCCAAGGAGAAUUGGCAGCCAUCAACUCCGUCUCCGUGGACGAAAGCACACCACCCCGCAGCAGCUCCAGACUCGCAGAACCAUCCAGCGGAGGUCCUACUCCCCGCGACCGUAGCGUCGACAGCGCCCGGACCCAAGGGAGCAGCAAGAAGUCCAUAACCACAUCCUUGCGCGAAGAAUUCACAUCCAACUCCGCAAUCAGUCCAACCCCGCUAGAAUCAAUGCGGAAUUUCGGAAACACGCUUAACCCCCUCAAUCACAUUCCGGGCAUGAUGAAAAACUUCGGCCGCAAUGCGCCUGAGACUCCUGUCCGCUCUGUCUCACCAUCUGGUCUUGAUCGAUUCAAGCCAUCGCCUGCAUCGGUGGAGAAUGGCAGUGGAACAGCUAGUCCGCUCCCUGCUGUGAAGGUUGAUCCGCCUAUUCAGCGUUUCCUGGAGACUCAGGAUGCGCGCGAUCUUCGUAUUGGAGAUGUGGCUGUUCUGCUGGAAGAUUAUAAGAGGUUGGCUGCGGCACUGCACAAAGCUACUGAAUCAAGGUAG